CAAAGAUGGCUGUCACUCGCAGGAGACACUGCACGCUUACUGUUUACCGAGGUUCUUGCGUCUUCCUGACGGCUACUAAUUAAUGUACCUGUUGCAAUGAGUAAUACUGAUCUUUGGAUGUUUGGAGAUGAUGGAUGUCUUCACAAGUUUGAUGAAGGAUGUCAUUUAGCUGACAGAAACAGACCAUGUCACUCAAAGAAAAAAAUCCAGGACAUCACUAAUUUGCAUUGUGAUUACUUGGAUCUACAUGACAAAGGACACAUUCAGCAAGGACAAAAUGAUGUAAUCAAGCGUAUUGAGGAUUCUAAAUCUCCCACCAUGUUCAGGAAUGGUUUUGGCAUUUUGAGUGUAAGACCAGUUAAAAAAUCACAACGGAAAAGAGAAUCCCUGGAUUCCAAUGUCAAGAUUGAGAAUUUGUCAGAUGUGUCUCAUGAGAAUUCUCAACCUGCCGUUACUUCAGAAAACAUACAAAACAUUGGUGCUGUGAUAAAAAUGUUACCAGAGAAAUCCAUUACUUCACAACAAGAAAAUGUGAAAUAUCUUGACAUGCCGAUCACAACUAAAAACACUGUGUCAUCUACAGACUGUUUAGUAAACCCAACAACGUUAACAGAAACAGAUGACACACCUGACACAUCUAAUCCGAGAAAAGUGUCACCCCAUGGCUCGGAGAACUCUUUAUCUUCAAAAUGUGGUGACAUGGCUUUUAAAUAUGAUAAUUCCUGUUUUGUAGACCAGUCAAUGCUUAAUGUUUUAGAGUGUGAAGGAAAUUUGUUACCAAAGAGUAGUUUACCUGAUAACAGCCAUGCCAAGCCUUCCAUGCCUGAAAAGAAUGGACAAUCUUGUCUGGGAUUAGUUGUUUCUGAACCUCAGAUGUUCGUUGCGAUUCCCAUUGAACUACAAGAGACAUCCAUUUCUACAUCAUCUGGAUCUGACAUUAAAAACACAAAAUCUUCUAUUGAAUUCCAAGCAACACCCAUUCCUCAAUCAACUGUUUCUGGAUCUGACAAGAAAAUGGAGACACCACAGCAGAUAGUUGUUGAAAAGUCAGUGACAUCUGAAUUGAACAAUCCAAACAACAUAAUGCAUGUAUCUGAUAUACCUAAAAUUGACUCAUCCACAAGUGAAGUUUCCACAUCUGUUUACAAUCAAGAUACAUCAAGUCAUCAAAUCACUGUCAGUGAAGCAAACAGACAAGGUACUAAUGAGAUUGUCCACCAAUCUUGUGGUCCUGGAGAAAGUUCAGAAGUCCAAACAACCACUGACGAAGACCUCCCUAUGUUGAUGGGAUCAAAUCUUAGGAGACAGCCCAUUGGUGUUUCAGAUCCGAAGUGUUUGUCACAUUGUGAUAUAACCUCUGUCGAUGGAUUGCCUGUAACAUGCUCACAGAUGUCAUUACUAGCAAAUGAGGACAGCCUUAUAAAGUACUUGAUUGAUCAUGACAACACUCCCUCAAUGCCAGAAUGGACAGAGACAGAUGUUGGUUCUACAUCAAAUGAUCAAACUGCAGUGAAUGAUACAGACAUUUCUCUGCCAAAAGUUAAAAGAACAGUGAAAGGUAGAGGAUGUUCUUCAUUAAAGGUUCAAACUGCAGUGAAGGAUACCAAAAUAUUGAAACAGGGAAGUAUUCCAAAAAAAGUAAAAAGGACAUGCAAGAAAUCGAAGCGGCACAUGAAAAAAGUACCAAUGAUGACAACACCAUCUCUAAUUACUGAGACAGGCCUUGAUUGUAUCCCGUCUUCAUCACAAAACCAAUCUUCAGAAUCUAUGCAUACCAUUAAAACGGUGAUAAAAACUGAGCAGUCGAAUGAAGCUGAUUAUAAUCAUGAACAUCCUCGAAAUCAAGUCCAUAUCAAAACUGAGCCAUUUAGCAGCAACGAUGAACUUGCUUCUGCAGUAGUUGGAAAUACAUGUACAGUCAGGAUAAAAUCGGAACCAGUAGAUGAUGCUGUGUGUACUUCUACGGAGUCUCAAAUCAAAGAUCACUUGACCAAUCCAAUGGAAUUCCAAAAUCAUUGUCCACAGUCACUGAGCAGGACUACAACAGGGACAAUGUACUUGACAGAUGGUGCUUCUAGAAAGCGUAAACACUCAUUUGGGACGUUCACGGACAUGGCUACCUCAAACGAGUAUGAUGUAAAUUCUGUUGAUUCACAGCAAUUGCAUCAGCCUCAUCAACUACCUGGGCCCUUGUCAACUGCGGUUCCCACUCAGCAGAAUGAGUCAUUUUUACCCUUCAAAAUUCAAUCUGUUUUCUCUCUUAAAUCACAUAGUCAUAACAUGUCCAUUCAAGAUAUUGUCAACAUCCAUGAGAAAGAUACAGCAGACAAGCUUAAGGCUUUCAAUUAUUCUGAAUGGAAGAAAUCAAAAAUCAGUUGUCCAGCUGAUAAUUCAAAUCAGAAGAUACCAAAUACAGUCAUAUUGUCAAAAGAGGUGAAAUCUGAUCCACGUCUUCGUUCCUCUUGUUAUGUUGUGAUAAAUAGAUUACGUUGGAGAAAUGGACAUAUAGAAGACCCAGAAUGCUCGCAAAGUUGUAAACACAGAUUUUUAUCAGAAAACAAUUUGAAUGAGGAUGCUUCUUACCCUCCGUAUAUACCCAAUAUUAGGACAAAAACAGGAUCAGGUAGUGCAAGUGUGAAUUCUUCUGGCACUCGAUAUGCUUCAUCUACCUUCCUUAAGGUACCUACUGCUCCGUCGUUGAAUCAGCCUAAGGUAUAUGUUACAUCUACAGUAUUGCCACGUAAAACACACACACAGACAUUGACAGAUCCUUCAAAAGAGGCCAAAAAAUACUGCACCAUCAAUGUUCAAGGAAAGAACUUACUAAUGCCAUCUGUAAAAUUGAAAACCCCUCUUAACAGACAGAAGCUUAAGGUAAACACAUUCCCAGGAAUGCAGUUGCCAAAGGUUUCUUCCAGACAUUGUUCUAAUGGACUGAAAAGUCUAUCAAGCGCGACUGAUCCAACACAUAGUGUUCUGAACUCUUCAACCAGUAUUGGCAGUAAAAGCAUUGUGGAUUUUGAAUUUAUUGCAUCAAAAGAGUUAAACCGAAACAUGCGUGCUUUCAAGAAAAUUACAAACCGUCGGAAUCUGUUGUAUGGUAUUGCAGCCAGGAACUAUGGUAUGUUAGAUAGCUAAAAGUCAGAUUUGUAAGUGGUGUAGUGGUUAAGGAUAUAUAUUGAAGUUAGCUAUAUAGUCUCCUUGGGAAACUCGUGUGACUGUUAAGACCUGUGGGUCUCUUAUACCAAUACCAUAGACAGUUAUAAACCAUGAUCACCUCACUGAAUUUUACUCAAGUGAUCCUUUAAAAGUCUCUGGCAGUUUGUGUACAGUGUACAUGUAUUCAUCAAAUUAAACAGGUUCACCUGGAACAUGCGGCAAGGCAAAGUAAGAUAAGGUAUAAUCCUGAACCACACAAUAAAUGUGAGAUGUAGGAGACAAAAAAAAUCACCGCUUAGAAGUACAUUGUAGAAACUGAUAAAUCUUGUGAUAUUUGUGCAGAAGCUAAGUGAAAGCCACCAAGAAACAUGAUUGCUUUCAACCAGACAUAAAGGUAUUGAAGCAAUCUCCAACAGAUUUGCUCAAGUAACCAUGCAUCUGAAUGCAUGCCCUAUAGAAUGUUUUUGAUUCCAACCUUUGGUGCCAGAUCAGACCAUUUUUCUAUUUUUCAAUAUGACCCUGAAAUUGACUUCUUACUACUCAUCAGUUACCAGCUCAAGUUAUGGUUAUUAGAGGACAAGCUUUGAUACUGCAAAUAUUACUUUCAUUUUCUUUGGCUGAUCUUGAAUUUUCUGUUUAGUAGAACUUGCUAAGGAUUACAGUAGGAUUUGAAGAAACACUUGGAUCAAGUGUUACAGACAGGCACAAAUUGUAUUUUAAAAACUUUAAAUGAUGCAUACACAUUUUGGCCUCACUUUGAAAACAGUGUUCUCUAUAUAUAGGCUGUUUUACCAUGGUGAUGGUACAAUAACACGUGAUUAUUGUACUGAGCGUCAUUGCCACGAUCACCACCAUUGCUAGCUGUUGGGUACAACUUUUAUGCCUGGGCACUGUAUAUUGCAAUUAUGCAUAUAGAGAAGUAAGGAUUUAACCAUAUCUUUGCAGGCUAGGGAAAUCCUGGGACAAAUGCAUAGUAUACAUGUAGAUGUAUUUAGUGAAAAGCAUGGAUGCUCAGUGUUGGGUUGGCUAAUCCGAACCCUUUAAUGAUUUUUAGGUCACACGAGACGAAAACUUGAGAAUGAAUCAAAUACUGAAAUUUUACACUGGUCGAAGGGACUUGUUUUUAAGAUAAAUAUGGUACUAGAAAGAUUAAAAUGGAGAUUACUGCAUAUUUUAUAUUUUAGUGUGCUCAAAGUUGUGAGUAUAUCCGAAUUUUAAACAAAUUAGCUUUAUGAUGAAUUAUCACACCCAAAAAGCUUGCAUAGAAAAGCAACAUAGAUAUGUAAUUGUACACAGUCAUAAAUUAGUACAAUGCUUUAAGUAUGAAAAACACUUAAAGGGGCAUUCCUUCGUUCGAACAUCAGAAACAUGCACAAUUUCUAUUGAUCAAAUCUAUGUCCGAACGAUAAUUAUAUGAGUGUUUGUGUCUACAAGUAAUGAAAUAAACACCGAAAUGUACAGGAAAAUGUGUAGCCUAUACAAAACCAUAUGUCUUUGCGGUAAAUAGUGAUACUUGGGGCGAAUUAAAACAUUUCAAGACUUAA